AUGGACCUCGAGCUCGUCUCGAACGAAAGAACGAAGCCAUUGCAAUACCUAGCAAUCUUGACCCAAGAAGCUUGGUCAAGAAGGAUAUAUUUUCACUCCCAUAUCUUGUUGGACAAUGAGGGUACCUGAGUGGGCAAGCUAGGCCCAUAUAAAUCAGAACAAUAGGAUUCCCCAUUUCUUUCCCGCUCACCUACCAGAGGGUCUCAAUGGGGUUAACCGUCUACCGUCAAAUGGCGUAAAAGUUAGUCGUCAACUGCCAAGGAUUUCGAGAUUUUAGAAGUGAAUGACAAAGAAAACCUCCAACUGACACAAAAGCUAAUAUUAAUUUAUGCAUAAAUUUAUGUUUAUUUAAAAUCUUGGACUAAAUUUCCACUUAAUAAUCGCCAACCGUCAAAAGCUCUAAAAUUUAACCGUCAACGGUCAAAAUUGGAAAAAAAUUAACCGUCAAAGCUACCACCAAAUUGAGACCUUCCUAUCAGACACAUAAUAACGAAUAACGUAACCACUUCCGCUGACUGUGCAAGGGUUGCAUACCCUAAUUGUACAUGUACAUGUGAUUGUCGCAAAAUAAAGAUCUACAAAGAGACCAACAAAGACCAACGCAGCAUGAUAGGAGUAAACAUAUGUAAACAUGACUGUUUUUUUUCCUUUUUUCUGCUAAUUCCUUUAGAGACAUCUUCUAAUCGUCCUAUUGCGUGGAAUUAGGUUAAAAGCACUUGACCUACCUGCCUUUUCUUAUUUACUUUAUGAGAUCAGGACUCUUGAAGGAGUUUCGCUGGACAUAAUUUAUAUUUUAUAUGUUUUUUAAUCCUUCGCUGAAAACCACUUUCUCUAAAGAAUUUACUUUCAAGGAUAUUGCUUGAAUCUUGUCGAAGAACCGAUCCUUCAUUGUUCCUAAGGCAAGGCGUUCCUUCCUUUCCUAACACAGGCAAGUAUUCAUCUACGCAUUAUUGGGGACACGGAUUCUCGAAAUAAGGACGGAAAACUGAAAUAUUUCAUAACAAAGCGAGCCACACAAUGAUGUAUUUAAAAAACAUAACUUACAGUACAUGACUGAAUACACUUGAAUUCCGUGUUUUGAUGGAAAACAGCAUGUUAAUACUGUGAUAAACUUCAGUUAUGUUAGUCUGGAUUCGUAUCCUGAUUGCAUUUUAUCUGCUUCUGCAGAGGAAUUGAUAUGUACCGCUUGAGAUCGCUAGCUGUCAUCACACUUUUAAGUUGUGGUAAGUAAAACUCGACCUGGUGUUGGGAAAAGAAUUUUGCUCCAUUGUAUGUAAAGAAAGUUGUUAGGUCCAUCUUAGGAAACCAGGGGACGCAUUACUGUGAGGAUAAUAGCGCCUAAUUGCGCCUGUUAAAGUAGCAUCCCAGGUUUCAGAGAGUAUUCUGGAUUGGAUAGGCUCACACAUAUCAGGAAUUUCAAUGAAUCUUUCGAGGGACGUUAUCUGGUCUGUAUGUAAACUUACACUUUGACUUUUAACUAACUUUUCACUACUAUCUACUUCACUCAUGACAGUGUUAUUAGGAUUGUCCCUUCCACAUAAAAGCCACCACGGGCAACAUAACCGGCAUGGCCAUAAACACCAAGACCUUCAUUUCUCACAAAAGUCACAUGCAAAGCAUCGGACAGCGACAGGUGUUUUGCGAGCAUCUGUUCCAACUCCUCUCCAAGAUUUUGUUCUGGUAAGUGGAAGUCCAUUAUUCCACGAAAGACCAAGAGCUGGUGAUAGUAAAAAUAAUUCAACAGAGACGCUUGCGAAUCAAACAGCUUCUAAUGCACAAGGACCCUUGGGUAGCCAGGCUGCAGAAGCAAAUCAAACUCCCAAACAAGAGCAAAAGGAGCCAGGUGAUCUGUCAACUAACUCUAAUAGCGUUACGUCUGGAGCGAUAUUAGAGGAGAAACAAGAGAAUAGUGCGCAGUCAACAAAGCCAACUUUCAAAUCACCUAAAGAGUUUGCUGCGGCAGGUCUGGGUAAAGAGGGAGAGAAAGAAAAAGAAUCGUCUGCCACAAGCACAAGUAAGGGUCCGACUGUAAUGUUUAUUCUAUAAGCUGAAUUGCAACUGUUCAAACUACAAAUUUCAAAAAUGUUAGUACUCAGGGUGGCAGUUAAAAAGCAUAAUACAUGGCUUCUAAAUCCCUCAUUGGCCUUGUCCCUGCAGGUGCGGAUCCACACCGGCUUCCACCGUUUUACGGAAAUCGGUCAGAGUUUUCAUAAUAUAUUUUUAACAAGAAAAGACUUUUUAAGUUGCAAGGCUUCAUCCAAGGCAAACGAAACUAGCCAAUAUCCUGUCUGAAUGACUCAGAAAACCAGGAAAAGGGACUUAAGGGAGUGAAGUUAAAAUCUAAGAAAGUUUCCAGGGAGAGCAUUCGCCCGGAUUUCCCUGAAAGCUUUCGCCUUCGGCGCUCGUUCAGUUUAGGAAAUAGGUCAGUAUUUUUCCUAGAUCCGGGCCUGCCCUGAACCUAAGCUCCAAAUUUACUGUGGUCCAUCUGCUGCUUUUGCGUACACUUUUGUAGAUUCUGCAGAUAAACUAGCCAUUCCAAACUAACCGUUCUAGAGCCACACACAAAUAUACAAUCGUAGUAGUUUUCGCUACAGUGAUACUGUUCUCAGGAAUAGUCUUCCUCAACUACAGGGCAAGCAAAAUCUCUGGCUAUAAUCUCAGGACACUUUUAAAUUAAGUUACCGUUGGUAUCAAAUUGGUAUCAAAGAUCGGCAUUCAUGGAAAAAAAAAUUCUAUUAACUCUUCAUUAGAAAUCGAGGAAGGUUCCAAAGUCGCUGGUAAUACAUCUUUGGGAAAAGCAGUCGAGGAGGGUCCGGCUUUUCAUGGCACAGAUAUUUCAGGAGGAGAAGGAAUAAAUGGGCAGAAGGAGAAGGAAAAUAGCAAGGAUGGCACAAAAGAAAACACUGCAGAUGUGAAGCAAGGAGCUGGGAAUUUUCCUUUUAACAUCCCAGGAAUACAAAAUUAUGGAAAAGAGAAAUCUGGAAACAAUGGAGGAGAACCUCUCAAGCAAAUGACUGAUAAAGACAUUGGACCAAACUGUCACUGGAAAUCUUCCUUGAAUGAGAACGGGAAAGUGGUUACAACCGUGUCUUGCUUGGGAGAGUUCAAAAACCCUGAGGGCAGUAAAAGUGGGAUGGACAAGGCGGAAAAUACGCCGUCCAUCGAGAAGGGAGGAGAAAAGCCCGAAAAUGUGUCACUCGCAGGGGAUAUUGGAGAUGGGAAAAAGAUAGUCGAACAAAGUAAGGUUAACAACAGGCGCUUUAUGAUAAUGCAUUAAUAUCGGGAGUCGGGAAUUUCUUAUAUCUUAUAAGUGCGGCUCUAAAGUAUAGGAGACUAUACAUCAUAGCAGUGGUACCUUUUUCGGGUGUACUUACGUAGGUUUUUAUGCAAAUGAAAGUUAGGACAAGUCACAUUUUGUCAAAGUAUUGUCAAAUAAUCGUGUAAUACCGAAAAAUCACACAGCAGCGCAAUAUCUCGCUUCGUAUCAGAAAAUAGCAAAACCGACCAGGAUCUCAAAUCCACCGUGGUGCAAGAGGGCGGAAGAACUUGUACCGAGAUGGGGUUAUGACGGAUUUCAUAUGGCAAACCGUCUGAACGGCACAUCCUCCCUCAUUUGCUUUAAAAACUAACGUUUUGGCAAUUGGAAAUGAAACAUUUAAUUGGUAAGGCCUGAUACAGGACCUGACAUAAGUCCUUGCAUGAUCUCGACAAUCAUGUUUCUAAAUUCAUGACACAUUGGUUACCCACAGGUGAAAAAGAGUUUGAAGAUGAAGCAAUCUCCGUAACAAACGCAUUCCGAAAGAUUCACCGAGCCCUUCCGAUCAAGUUAAGCCCAGAAAUGAGUCGCCAGGCUAAAGAGUACGCCGAGAAGAUCGCCAGCAUGGGUUCACUUCAACACGACUAUGCGGCUGUAAAACAACUUGAUGAAGGAGAGAAUCUUGUGAUGGGAUGUAAACAGAUCGGGGUGCCUCUCACCGCCAAGGAAGCCAUAACAAACUGGCAAGAACGAACCUUCUUGUGUCUGUCAUAAUCUUAAUUCCUACUGCUUAUAUUUCUUUAAGUAAUUGUAAACUGCAAUUUGUUUACUCACAAAGCGCUUAGGAGUUUUUAAGAACCCAUACAAACGUGUCCGUGCGUUCCAGAUCGAAUUGGGAUUCGGAAGUGUUGAAUUUUUUAGGAGACGUAGACACCACAUGCAUGUAUGGCGUCGACGCCAGGAUUCGAACUCGGGCCAUAUUGGUGAGGGUGAUUUCUCAGUUAAUUCUCCGACCCUAAAUGUUGGUUAUACCCCAGAAAUCAAGCCGGCGACCCCCCUCACUGCAGUCAAGCUCUGUACCAACUGAGCUAGUCCUGUCGCUGUAUAACUAUUAACUUGCUUUCGAUGGUCACUUCUUUACUAUUGUAAGCUCCGGGGUCUUUUGAAGAAGUCUCAGUGAAUGUACGCCUUACUUCUAGUGCUCGUUUUAAAAUUUGCACACACAAUUAAUGUGUCGUUAUUCCGUUUGUAGGUACAACGAAGUAUGUGCCUACGAUUUCGACAGAUCAGAAUUCAGCAUGAACUCUGGGCAUUUUACUCAACUGGUGUGGUCUGACAGUACAGAGUUUGGCAUCGGAAAAGCGUCAGGACAGCAGAACGGAAUGCCGUGUACUUUUGUCGUGGGACGCUUUAAGCCAUCUGGAAACUACAAAGGGGAAUACAAAAGAAACGUGUUUAAAGGCAACUUCGAUCCCAGCUAUUGCGAUAAUUUAAAAGUUAAAAAGCUUUUGUAGUAUUAGCCAAAAGGACAGAUUAAUUGCAACAGAUUAAAAGAAAAAUACACCUACGGUGAAAUUGCCCCUAUGGAAUUCGAGGCGUAAAAUGUACGUUAAAUUUGUUAGUCUCCUUAUGUUAGAACUUAAAAAAAAGUGUUAUUAUGCUUCGCACGUUUAUUUCUUUCAUAAAUUAAUUGUAUUAAAACCACAUGGACCAGUAAAAGUAAAGUAAUGAAAGUAUACGUGACCAUGGUCCUUUUUAUAGCUUGGCCAUCUGAUGGUUUCUUUCUCUUUUGGUUUACCUGCGUCCAGAAAGCCCUCUGUUUUUGGCAAUACUGCUACUGUCUCAAGCGGAUAAUCUCCUUUUACCGAUUCUUGUAGUUACAGCACUUCAAACAUUGAAACCUAUAAAAAGGUGAACUGCGCACGCGAAAUUGUUCUGCUGUAAAGGGAAUUUAGACAAAAUAGUGCCAAUCUCAGUGGCGUCUGAAAUACAUACCAGUAAAAAAAAAACAUAGAAUGCUUAACUUGUUAGCAGCCAAAUAAGGAAAGACAACGGUCUUGCAUUAAGAGCUAGUCGCUAACAAGAACGCAAUUGUUUGAGAGACCACGGACACCCGCGACACAGAUUUUUCUUUUAGUGCUUAAUUGUUUAAGAUACCAUGGACACCGGGCGACACAUAUUUUAUGCAUGAGUUGAGCAAGGCCAUCCAUAUUCUCCCAACAAAAACAUUUUCUUAUAAGUUUCUAAUCAAAAUAUAAGGUGGAAAAAUGUGAAAAAAGACCACAGAGGAAAUCAAAGAAGGAAAAUAUCAUGAAUUGGGUUGAAAAAUCAUGGGGUGAUCUCUCCAUGUUUACUAACUAAAGGGAUCAGGUAGUGUGAAAUGGAAAUGUAAUCAAUUAACAUUUGAUUACUAUGAGAACGUUUUUGACUUUUAGAGUACACUGGCUUCUCCUCUGCAUCUUCUUCGCAGGUUAGCUCGUCACUUUGAUAUUAGAUAAGCACAUAUUCCGACAAAUUUAUUUUUAACGAGACUCGGUUGAAAUAAUUCAUGGCAAACGGCAAACGUGAAUUUGUACCACGUGACUUCACUUGUGCUCUACCGUUCAUUACUUCUAAACCAAAAUCAGUAGCUUUACGUUAGUUUUGUAUACAACAAUUGUUUUGAACAAUUUUUAGCUGCGCGUUUUCUAUUUUGAGAAAUUCUCAACUUGAAUCUGACGUUUGGCGUUUGCUGUAAACGUCACUGUAACUCUUUUUAAUGACAAUCAAAAUAUUUCCUCGUGAAGGGUGAAAACCGAAAACUGAUAAUUUCUUGGGAUAUCCCUUAUUAUUCAACGUUGAUAGCUGACUUUCCAUUGGUUGUGGCUGAAGUAGUAUGCAGUUCUGUUGUUAUGGGCCAAAUUUGAAUUGAAGAGAAAUAGUAUAGCUGUGUUUUUUGUGCUAAUUUCGUUGAACAAGAGUAAACAUAUCGGCUUAUCGUCUUGCAUUACAUUGAGAUUACAUUGAAGGUCACUUGAAUUAAAAGAGAAGAACAAUAACCACUCAUAGUAAUUUCUUAAAUCUUAUACUGCUACUUUGAUCCGCAAAAAGGCAUUUACAGAGAUUCAGGUAUGUAGUGCAAUCGGCUUUAAUACAAUGUUUUAAUGAGCGUCUUCAAUUGCAUUAAUGGAAAAGGCAUGCUUUAACAAAGACAGUAAAUACAUUUGUUUAAGGCCCGCAGGACAGGUGUUAGUUUUUCGCGUUUUUCAGGCGAACGAAGGCAAGCACGACUUCUGCGGUUCAGGCCCGGUUCAGACGCCGAACGUUUUAUAAAAGGGAACUUAUAACAUUGAAUUGAGUUCAUGAAAAGUUUUGCGUCUGAAUCAAUUAGGAACGCCUGUUUCAAUUUGGAACGGCUCAGCCGUUCUUUUCGCCUGGCCCGGCCGGGAAUUUCGCCUUUGGAGCGACUUUGGAACAGCUUUGUUUCAGACGCCGAACUUUCAUGUACCGAACCUAAUGCAUAAAUUAUUAUAACGUAUUUUGUAAUUGGUUUGACCGAAAUGAGCUUUUUUCUCCUUUUGAAUUUAGUACGGCUGGAAGUAAGACCGGCUUCUGAAUCAAUUCAGCCGGUCUAAAUAAUUUGGGUCGGCCUUUAUUCGAAUUAAGUUCGGCUCAUGAUGAUGCAACGUUCGGCGUCUGAACCGGGCCUUAGUUUGAAGCAAAUGAAGAACCUUUAUUUUUAAUAGACUAAUUUAUGUGAUAUUUGAUUUGUAUUUCAAUCCAAAUAAACCUUCCCUUGAUUUUACGAUAGCCUGUGUGCAGACGAACUCAGACGUCUCCUCUUUCGUUUGUUUUACGCAAAAGGUGAGGUCUGUGUAACGCCGUCGCUAAUCAUUCUCCUGAUCCCGCUGAAUUCCUAAGACUUGAGAAAAGGCUGUGAUUGGCUGCCUCACAAUAAGCAUUGGUCAAAUAGAUUCUGAUUGGUUGAGAUAAAAAACUGAUCACAUAAUUUAUUCGGCGAUUCAACCCAAAUUUAGCGGGCGGUCUUCCAGUCGAAACAAAUCAUAAUGAUUGUUUGCGCAUGCAACAAACGAAAUAGGAGACAUCUGAAGGCAGGCUAAUUCGAAGAAUAUGUAAUUUUCCCAAUUUGAUAUACACGCAAGAAAUGAAAUCAUUUUAUCUUUAGCAGACGCUGAUCAAUUUCCUGGAAGAAGUUCAUCUAACCCAACAAAUGAGGACAACGUAUUGAAUAUUCCGGCAGUUUCACGCCUUUUAAAGGGCUUUAAAGACCUCGGAAAUAAGGUUCCAAUUAAUUCUGUCAUUAAUAAUACUUACAAUGGCCAGAUUAAGCAUCCUUCGGAUCCUCUUUUUAAACUCUACAAAGAGACGGAUAGUCCCUGGAAAAGCACAUUGCGAUAUAAUCCGGUUUUCCCAAAUGGCAGAAAAGGCCUGCAUGCGAAUCUUCAAAGAUUGAUUAGUGCAAGCCUAGGCAGACGCUUAAACCAAGACAUCCAGACUCUGCUCUCACAAUUCACACCUAGAGAUGGUGGUGGGAAGAGCGGCAAUUUUAAGAUAGCUGGUGAAAAAGUAAGUGGAAAAGGCGUUUACAGCAUAUCUCCUGAUCAGUCUGACGUGGAGAUAAAGUUGACAAUCAAAGUCAGUAAUAAACCCCAUGUGCAGCAGAAACCAACUUCAUCACAAACGUCUCAGCUGCCAUCAUCGCCACCAAAAACGCUGCUUCCCUCAACAAUUCCUCCAACACGGCAUCAAUCAAAGCCAAAAGCACUUUCAACCGCACGACCAUCCCGUCAGCAACAGCAGCAGCAGCAGCAGCAACAACAAAAUAUGAAAUCGACCCCUCGACCUUCUCCUCCCAUAACAACUCUCAAGAUGUGUCUUGCACCCUGCACAACUACAAGCAAUACAAAGACGGCAGUAGAAAAUUGUGUCGGUGAGUGCUGUUAGACAUUACCUUGUUCUUGUGGAAAUUUUCACUAAGUUUCUAGCAUUUUCAACGAUGGAUCCAUAUCAGAAAUAUCAUAGGUUACUGUCAGCUGAACGAUAGAUCAAGACAGAAGCGGUAAACAUCCCUGUCUGAGAUUGUCCGAAAGUGUGGUGUUACGAUGACACCAACAGAAAAACCUUGUUUAAUUCGCGUAGUUGCAAUCUAGAAUACAACGUUCGAUUUAACUUGAAACAUUACCCUUUGACCAUUGUUUUUUAUCCAUAGGA